UGGAACUUUGGAUUCCACUGGUUCGGUUUGGUCCCCAUUCCAUCAUCAAUUAGAGACAUCAGCCCGCCUCAUCGCAAGCAUGGGGAAAGGCACCGACAAGCUCUACAUCACACACUCGGAGUGGUCGUCCUCAGAUGCGUACAGUGCCAGCGUCGGAGCGAAUGCGGGCUCCCGAGCGCAGCGCAGUGGCGGCGCCGCCCACGCAAGUUUCAAGCGACUGCCCUUCAACUUUUGCGCCGCCAGUCUCCAGCCCUUCAAGAACCCCGUCUGCACCCCGGACGGCACUAUCUUCGACGUCGAGGUCAUUAGCGCCUGGCUUGAAAAGCACAAAACCAACCCCGUCAAUGGGAAACCUCUCGUUGCGAAGGACCUGAUCCGUCUCAACUUUGCGCGCAACGCCGACACCGCCGCCGAGGGCAGUGCCGGCGACCGAAAUGGCGUCUCGACCGACGGCAAGGGCGACUUCAUCGACCCCGUCACGUUCAAGGUCUUCACCGACAACACGCACAUCGUUGCCAUCCGCCACGGUAACUACGCCAACGUGUUCGCCUGGGACACGGUCGAGCGCAUGAACAUCAAGGCCAAGAUGUGGCGGGACCUGGUUGACGACGUCGAGUUUGGCCGCAAGGACAUCAUCACCCUACAGGACCCGCAGAACGCAGCCAGCCGCGACCUCAGCCAGUUCAAGUACCUCCAGGACGGCCAGGACGCGCUCCCCACCCGCGAACAGGAGGAACAGCGCCAGCAGAGCAACAUCAACAUUGACGCGUUGGGCCGGAUAGGUGACAAAGUGCUGCGCGCAAAGGAAGCCGUGCAGCGGGCGCGUCAGGCCCGCGAGACCGGCGACGUCAAUCGCAUCACCAAGUCUCUGACAGCGACCUCCAAGCCCACCAACUCCUCCUCCACACAGCGACAACCCUCCCUCAUCCAAGAAAAGAAACUCGCGCCCAACGCGGCAGCCUACACGACCGGACUAGCGGCCGCCUCCUUCACCUCAACGGGGCUAACCCCCUCCACAUCCGGCGAGCGAGCGCUGCUCAGCGACGAGGAGUACAUGCUCAAGCCCAAACGUGUACGGCACAAGGGCUACUGCCGGCUAGAAACCAACCUCGGCCCACUAACCCUCGAACUCCACACCGAGACCGCGCCCAAAGCCGUCUGGAAUUUCAUCCGGCUCGCCCAAAAGGGUUACUACCGCAACCUCCGCUUCCACCGGUCCAUCCCCAACUUCAUGAUCCAAGGCGGCGACCCUACAGGCACGGGCCGGGGCGGGACCUCCAUCUGGGGCAAAAACUUUGCCGACGAGCUCGAAGGCCCGCAUACGCACGACGCGAGGGGGGUCGUCAGCAUGGCCAACAAGGGCAAAAACACAAACAGCAGCCAGUUCUUCAUCACCUACCGCCCCGCAAAACACCUCGAUCGGAAACACACUGUGUUCGGCCGUGUCGUGGACGGGGCUGAUUCCACGCUCACCCGCAUGGAGGCCGUCCCGACCGACAAGGACACCAACCGGCCGCUUGAAGACAUUGUGCUGAAGGAUGUAGUGGUGUUUGUCGAUCCAUUUGAAGAGUUCCUCAAGGAGAGGGACCAAAAGGAGGCUGAGAGCAAGGCAAAGGAGGUUGAACUGCGCCGUGGUGACAAGGAGGAUGACAGGACUACGUGGACGGGCAAGAGGAUACGUAGCAGCAGCGAUUAUGAUUAUGACGGGGGUCGGGGGGUUGGCGGGGAUGGUAGUAGUAAGCCUGUGGGCAAGUACCUCCAGAGUGCGCUGGCUAGGUCGGCGAUGCAGCAGCAGCUACAACAGCAAGAGGAGGAAGGGGAUGGGGAUGGGACGGGGGAUAAGAAGAAGAUCAUCAAUGAGGUGGAUACGUGGGAGGAACCGGUCAAGAAGAAAGUCAAGAUGGAAGGCCGAGGGUUUGGGAACUUUGACGGGUGGUGACUUACUUUGUACAAGUACAGUGAUUUACUUUGACGCAUCGCAUCGCAUUGCUUGGCGCAGGUCAGGUCAGGCCAGGUCAGGUCAGGAAAUGCGGCUGCUGGAGUGGAUGGACUGGAGCUGUUAUUUUUUUUCUGGGAUUCACAUAGUGCUACGACCAAGCAGCUGGUAUAUACUAUUUGACAGCAUACAAAUAUACAUGCAAAUCGGUAUCUUUCGUGUAU